UUUCAAGGUAAAAAAAUUUGUCCAACAUGUGAUGGCAAGCGACACCCACCCAAAUUAGUUAUUACAUUUACCGAAGACCCAAAGUAGAUCAAGAUGUGUUGUAAUAUUUUUAAUAUACGUCUUAAAGAAGGACACGAUGAAGUUCCUUCCUUUGUAGAAUUAAUACGAUUCCUCACCUUGUACCUCGAUUUUGAAACAACCAAGACUAUAGAGAAGUGGGGAAACAAGCACAUCCUCAAACCGGACGAAGACACCAGAGCUUUCUUCGUCUUUGUGAAGAGCGAAAUCAAUAAAACAUUGAGGAAAGAAAGGGAAGAUGUGACGAUAGUCAUCGAGGAAUUGAUUACUGAUUACCAACUUCAGAUGCAAAACUAUGCAAGGCAUUCAUCUUCCGACGACUCACACGACGCAAUCAGAAUCGAUGCCGGAAUGAAAUUGAUAGAGGGUCUUGAAGGAAUGAUACCAGAACCGAAAAGAAGCAACUUCAAACAUAAGACACUGCAUGUGACGAAGGACUGCUUAGAAGACUAUGUAAAUGACGUCAGAGAGGAACUAGAUGGUUACAUAUACGAUAGGGAGUAUGAGAUUCAGCAGCGCUUAACAGUUCUAUUAGCCAAUUUUAAAAAUGACUUGUUUGCUUUAAGCAGACAGCUGAGAGUGGUUAGCAAAAUCGAUCUCUUAAUGGAAGAGCUACAAAAUGAAAAUAUUUCCGUAGAAGAGAAGGCAAACAUUUAUAACAUUGCAGUACCUAUUAAAAACAGUCUCAAGAAAGAAAUGUUCACGUCGGCUAUGGAAGAAAACAUUUCUGAACUGAUCAUAACUUUAUUCAUGCUAGCGGAAAGGGUAAAAUCGAGAAAAAUCAGAAAAAGAGCAAAGGAAUUAAAAAUGACCGUAAACUACCUUUUUGAAGAGUACAGCAAACAUCAUUGAGAUUAAAAUUUUAUUUACUAUUAAAU